CCAAUGUGAAUGACUAUUUCUCACCUCAAAUGGCCCCCUCGAACUGAUAAUAAUACGCCAUAUCUCCUCCCUCUCUCUCUCUCUCUGUAACCAAGUCUCCGAACUCACUCCCCAGUCCCAAUCAUGGCCGAUUCGAAGAUCCCCCACUCAGCUUCACGAACCAAGGCUUCUAGCGAAAAAGAAAACUCAUGGUCUUUCACGGUUUUUAUGGCGGUAUUGCUCCCCAUUUUUGCUGCCAUAGUUCUUUAUCAACUGGACUCGUUCGACCCGGCUCCUCUACCCCCGGACCUGCUGACUCGGCACGUUAUUGCCGUGCCGGCAAGUAACAAUCGUAUGCUCCGAGGAUCGGAGCCCUUGGGUGCGGGCCAUUUGUUGGGACCGGAAGAUGUCGCUUACGAUCCCAUCUCCGGAGUCAUCUACACGGGCUGCGCAGAUGGGUGGAUCAGCCGGGUCACGGUGAACGACUCGACGGUGCAGAAAUGGAUAAACACCGGAGGCAGACCGUUGGGAAUCGCUGUUGUACGUGACGACGAAGUUUGGGUUGCUGAUCCCGAAAAGGGCCUCCUGAAGGUGAAGGCUGCAGAUGGGACAGUGGAGCUGUUGACAGAUGAGGCUGAGGGACAAAAAUUCGGAACGACAGACGCAGUAGAUGUAGCAGAUAAUGGCAUGGUUUAUUUUACAGAUGCUUCGUAUAAAUAUAGAUUGCAUGAGUUCAUUUGGGAUAUAUUGGAGGGUAAGCCUCACGGUAGACUUUUGAGUUAUGAUCCAGCGACCAAGAGAACAAAGGUGCUGGUUCGCAAUCUCUACUUUGCUAAUGGAGUGGCAGUCUCGCCUGAUCAAAAUUACGUCAUCUUCUGCGAAACCUUAGCGAGAAGGUGUAGAAAAUAUCAUAUACAAGGUAAGGAAAAAGGAAAAGUCAGUGAAUUUAUUGAUCAUCUACCAGGCAUGCCAGAUAAUAUCCGAUAUGAUGGAGAAGGCCACUACUGGAUUGCAUUGGCAACGGGGCCCACACUUUCAUGGCAUUUAGCAUACAGAUACCCUUUCGUCCGGAAGUGCAUAGCAAUGAUGGAGAAGUACAUAGGGCGACCAAAUAUGGAGAAGAAUGGAGGGGCUCUUGCCGUUGAUUUGGAAGGAAAACCAACAGCUCACUACUAUGAUCCUGGACUGUCAAUGGUUUCAAGUGCGAUCAAGAUCGGACAUCAUUUGUACUGUGGAUCCCUUGUUGCCCCCAACAUUAUCCGCCUCAAUUUGAGACAACAUCCUGCCAGAUAGCAACAUGCGCCCCCAAAAGAAGAAUUUUCGUUGCAAUAAUUGGCUAGAUAAUCUAUUAUCUUGAUGAACAGGAUCUCGUUCUAGCUCUCUAGAUCAUCUGUGCUGUGUGUACCUGGUGCUCAGGUGGAAGCUUGCAUGGGGGAUAUCUAAUUAAUGAUUCAUCUGUGGACCUA